UUGACUCGGGGGAGCAGCGGGUGGAUCCUGUGACGUCAGCGGGUUCGAACCGCCGGAGCUGAGCGAGGGGCCGGGGGUGCCGAGCCGGGCGGGGAGAGCUGGGCCGGGAGAGCAGAACAGGGAGGCUAGAGCGCAGCGGGAACCGGCCCGGAGCCGGAGCCCCACAGGCACCUACUCGCCCGCCCAGCCGAUCGGCCCCCACAGAGUGGCCCGCGGGCCUCCGGCCGGGCCCAGUCCCCUCCCGGGCCCUCCAUGGCCCGGGCCGCUGCCCUCCUGCCGUCGAGAUCGCCGCCGACGCCGCUGCUGUGGCCGCUGCUGCUGCUGCUGCUGCUCCUGGAAACCGGAGCCCAGGAUGUGCGAGUUCAAGUGCUACCCGAGGUGCGAGGCCAGCUCGGGGGCACCGUGGAGCUGCCGUGCCACCUGCUGCCACCUGUUCCUGGACUGUACAUCUCCCUGGUGACCUGGCAGCGCCCAGAUGCACCUGCGAACCACCAGAAUGUGGCCGCCUUCCACCCUAAGAUGGGUCCCAGCUUCCCCAGCUCGAAGCCUGGCAGCGAGCGGCUGUCCUUCGUCUCUGCCAAGCAGAGCACUGGGCAAGACACAGAGGCAGAGCUCCAGGAUGCCACGCUGGCCCUCCACAGGCUCACGGUGGAGGACGAGGGCAACUACACUUGCGAGUUUGCCACCUUCCCCAAGGGGUCUGUCCGAGGGAUGACCUGGCUCAGAGUCAUAGCCAAGCCCGAGAACCAAGCCCAGGCCCAGAAGGUCACGUUCAGCCAGGACCCUACGACAGUGGCCCUCUGCAUCUCCAAAGAGGGCCGCCCACCUGCCCGGAUCUCCUGGCUCUCAUCCCUGGACUGGGAAGCCAAAGAGACUCAGGUGUCAGGGACCCUGGCCGGAACUGUCACCGUCACCAGCCGCUUCACCUUGGUGCCCUCGGGCCGAGCAGAUGGUGUCACGGUCACCUGCAAAGUGGAGCAUGAGAGCUUCGAGGAACCAGCCCUGAUACCUGUGACCCUCUCUGUACGCUACCCUCCUGAAGUGUCCAUCUCCGGCUAUGAUGACAACUGGUACCUCGGCCGUACUGAUGCCACCCUGAGCUGUGACGUCCGCAGCAACCCAGAGCCCACGGGCUAUGACUGGAGCACGACCUCAGGCACCUUCCCGACCUCCGCAGUGGCCCAGGGCUCCCAGCUGGUCAUCCACGCAGUGGACAGUCUGUUCAAUACCACCUUCGUCUGCACAGUCACCAAUGCCGUGGGCAUGGGCCGCGCUGAGCAGGUCAUCUUUGUCCGAGACGGAGUUUCACUCUUAUCCAGGCUGGAGUGCAAUGGCGCGAUCUUGGCUCACGGCAACCUCCGCUUCCCAGAGACCCCCAACACAGCAGGCGCAGGGGCCACAGGCGGCAUCAUCGGGGGCAUCAUCGCCGCCAUCAUUGCUACUGCUGUGGCUGCCACAGGCAUCCUUAUCUGCCGGCAGCAGCGGAAGGAGCAGACACUGCAGGGGGCAGAGGAGGACGAAGACCUGGAGGGACCUCCCUCCUACAAGCCGCCGACCCCAAAAGCGAAGCUGGAGGCACAGGAGAUGCCCUCCCAGCUCUUCACUCUGGGGGCCUCGGAGCACAGCCCACUCAAGACCCCCUACUUUGAUGCUGGCGCCUCAUGCACCGAGCAGGAAAUGCCUCGAUACCAUGAGCUGCCCACCUUGGAAGAACGAUCAGGACCCUUGCACCCUGGAGCCACAAGCCUGGGGUCCCCCAUCCCGGUGCCUCCGGGGCCACCUGCUGUGGAAGACGUUUCCCUGGAUCUAGAGGAUGAGGAGGGGGAGGAGGAGGAAGAGUAUCUGGACAAGAUCAACCCCAUCUAUGAUGCUCUGUCCUAUAGCAGCCCCUCUGAUUCCUACCAGGGCAAAGGCUUUGUCAUGUCCCGGGCCAUGUAUGUGUGAGCUGCCAUGCGCCUGGCGUCUCACAUCUCACCUGUUGAUCCCUUAGCUUUCUUGCCAAGGAUCUAGUGCCCCCUGACCUCUGGCCAGGCCACUGUCAGUUAACACACAUGCAUUCCAUUUGUGAUGUCUACCUUGGUGGCUCCACUAUGACCCCUAACCCAUGAGCCCAGAGAAAUUCACCGUGAUAAUGGAAUCCUGGCAACCUUAUCUCAUGAGGCAGGAGGUGGGGAAGGUGCUUCUGCACAACCUCUGAUCCCAAGGACUCCUCUCCCAGACUGUGACCUUAGACCAUACCUCUCACCCCCCAAUGCCUCGACUCCCCCAAAAUCACAAAGAAGACCCUAGACCUAUAAUUUGUCUUCAGGUAGUAAAUUCCCAAUAGAUCUGCUGGAGUGGGCGCUGAGGGCUCCCUGCUGCUCAGACCUGAGCCCUCCAGGCAGCAGGGUCCCACUUACCCCCUCCCCACCCUGUUCCCCAAAGGUGGGAAAGAGGGGAUUCCCCAGCCCAAGGCAGGGUUUUCCCAGCACCCUCCUGUAAGCAGAAGUCUCAGGGUCCAGACCCUUCCCUGAGCCCCCACCCCCACCCCAAUUCCUGCCUACUGAGCAAGCAGCCCCAGCCUAGGGUCAGACAGGGUGAGCCUCAUACAGACUGUGCCUUGAUGGCCCCAGCCUUGGGAGAAGAAUUUACUGUUAGCCUGGAAGACUACUGAAUCAUUUUACCCUUGCCCAGUGGAAUAGGACCUAAACAUCCCCCUUCCGGGGAAAGUGGGUCAUCUGAAUUGGGGGUAGCAAUUGAUACUGUUUUGUAAACUACAUUUCCUACAAAAUAUGAAUUUAUACUUUGA